CUUCGAGCUCAUUUCAAACCCAGACCGGCACUCAAUAGCACGGACGUGUAGUAACUUCAAUGAUUAAAAUCAUUUAUCCGUAUACAAAUUUGUUCAGUUCAAAAGUUCUUUAUAUUUUUUUAUCGAAAUUUUUCAAGUUGUGUUAAAAAUUAUUUUUUGUUGAAUAUUAUAUAAUUUUAAGGAAUGCCACCCCGCAAAUUCCCGCGGCCUUUCGAACCGGUCAGAAGGAGCGAGAGGAUUCGCGUUCGCAAGGAGGCUGCUCAGGCGGCUGCGGAGGCUCGAGAUGCCGAGUUGGUGGAGCAGCGUGAACGGGGACGAAUGACCAACCUUCCAAGGCUGAGAUAUGAGAGGAACCGUGGAGUCUCUGGAGGAGGUGGCGUAACAAGGAGGACUAGAACUCGACGCCGGAACAUGGCGUACGCAUCAUCUCUCCACAUACAGCAGAUGAGGGCCAUGGAUCUUUUCGGGCGUUUCAUGGACGGCAUUUUUGAAGCUGCCCGUGGAUCCUACACUGGAGUACUUUCGGAGGGGCAAACGACAAAUCCGAUCAGAGAGGAGCAAACAACCCAAUCCCAGGAUGAGACAGAACAGGAGGUCAUCGCCGAAAAUGAUCCAGUAACCGAAGAACUGGACUUGAUCGUCUCGAUGAACUCCAGUGACUCUGACCAGGAUCUUAUUUAAUCCUGUUCCGCUAACCCAGGCAAAUUCACCAAUUGGUUAAUUCGUUAUAUGUUUCGUUACUGAAUUUGUUCUAUGUAAAUGAAAGGGGAGCCCAGGAUACAUAUCACGGAAAUCAGGAAUACGCCAAGAACAUAUGAUUUAUAGAAAAAUGCCACUUCCUUCAUAUAACCUUCUUCCCUUAAUUGACUGAUAGGUUAGGACAUACCAAGGAUACCAGCAGGAUUUGAGUGACAGGAACUUCGGCGCUGACAGACUCGAGUGUGACUCCGGUGACUCUUCACACAUCAUUGACGGAUCAGCGGACAAAUCAAGGCUGCAGCUGCAGCUAGGGGCAAAAACGAUUAACUAUUUAAUAUAUGGUGCAUGCCACAAAGGCGUGUGUUGCCACAAUAAUGCCGAGCAGGACAAUGUGGCGAAAUCGAAAUCCAUCCGAACCUAUUUAGGAGUGGCCACUUGAGGGGACAAUGCGGCAUCAAAGGAUCCUGGCCCAGUGCCUCGCAUCAAAUGAGGCGCGCUUAAUGCGGCUUCAAUGAGUCCUCCUGCACUUCGAUCCGAGGAAACGACCUGAAAAAAUCCGAGUGACAUGCGUAUCCCGCAAAUUGUCCUGCGGCCUCCUUUAUGACCCGGCAACAACAUCCUUCGGCGGGGUGGGUCAGCGUGGAAAAUGCCCGCAAACAAUGGCACGGAUUCGCAUUUAUUUCUUAACCCAAAAACUGUGUAUACUCUGCCAGUUACCCAAAGGAUCAUGGGCUCGAAUUUGAAAUAAAUCGAAAGCCAAAGAUGCGUUAAUAUCAA